GACAUGGCCCCAUUGGAUGAUCACUUAGAACUGAACUAGCACAAAUCAGGCAAAUCUUGGUUGUUGGAUCCUGUUGAAGUUGAUCACAAUCCGACGGUAACUCAUUCACCAGUCAACUCCUCUCGGCAGCCGGUGUAACGGACCAAACUGGACCCGUUAACCCGUAAACCGCCGUCAACUAUAUAAACCCGAAACCGCAACAAAAUUCCCGCCUCUCUCAUUAUCUCGGCUCCUCAUCUCCCCCUCUCCCUCGGUCACUCAGCUCAGCUCAGCUCUCUCGCUCUGGAGAUCAAUGGCGGAGUUCAGAUUCCCGAUCGAAAUCCUCAGGAACGUUCUAAAGCCUCUGGUGCUCAUGGCCAAUGACGCCAACAUCUUCUUCGACCCUAACCGCGGCCUCCGGCUCAAGCUCGUCUGCUUCAUAGGUUACGUCGAUGCAGCGGUGUUCUUCAGGAAGGAGUCCCUCGCCAACUUCCAGUGCCCUAACCGCACCUCCUCCUCCAUCGACAUCUUGGAGUUUGGACGCGCUCUGCAUCGACUUGGCACCAACGGUCUCGUCGCUCUUCACUUUGACACGGAGGAGCUUGUCCUCCGCCUCCGUACUGUCAGAUUUGGUCCUUUAACUCCAGAGAGGCUUCUUAUGGAGCCGACAGAAGAAAGAUGCACUGAAAUGGCACUGAUGGAAGAACGUUCUGAGUUCAUGCAAAUAGAUGAAUCAAAGUUUGAAUAUGAUUUGCUUAUUGGGAUUCCUUCAAGCCAGUUUAGACAAAUACUGGAAGAUGUGGGGGAGCUUACUCACUUCGUGACCAUGUAUGUGAAAGAAACAGCAAUAUGGUUUAAAGCGAAGGACAAAGUUUUUUACCUCUGUAAGGAGCUUGGACACUUUGUAACUGUGGGCCCUACCUUCAAGAAACCAGUUGUCCUAGAGUUUGCAUUGUACCGAAUUACCUCAUUCCAGUUGGCGUCACAGCUCUCAAACAUGGUGUGGAUAUGCUGGUCGUUGGAUGCCCCGCCUUUGCUGAACUUUCCUGUUGGAUCUCUGGGUAACAUCCAUAUGUACAGCAGAUUUUAUCCUGAAAUAAAGAAGAUGAGAUUUGUCAAUCAAUCUAGAAAGGAAGCGGCACCUGCAUCUCCCCUCCACUGAUGGUGAAAAUUGGGAACUUGUAUAGAUUUGAGGUUCGAUUCAACUCAUCAAUCGAUGCUGCCAUCUAACGGAAGUGCUUUCCCUGACUUUUCUGCUGUAAAGGCCAUUCUUUUGUAAGACAAGAAGAUUUCUGAAGACCCCCACUGACUAGUAGGACACCGGUACAACUGAGAAACAUUCUCUUCCCCCAGAUAUACCUACAGGUUAGUUCUUCAUAAAGAGAUGCUGUAAGGAGAAUAAUAAUACACAUGUAUGGCUUCUUUCCUGCUGUUGAUGAGGAAAAGAUUUGUGUCAUUUUCCAUUUAGCAUUACUAACGCUCCUGGAAGCUGCAUCGCUGUUCGUUGAUAAUGGUAGAUUUUGCCCCACUUGUCUUACAGCAAAGAGGAUGAAACUUGAGCAAAAAAGGAGAUGGAGGACCACUUUUAAAUUCCUUAUGCAGUGCAAUGAGAUGGCAAUUAUCGCAAGCGGAUGUAACUAGAUAGGUUCUUCUUGGUCUCACUCACGGUGUGGGUUUCCUACACACUUGCACUGAAUUUCCCUUGUCUGAACAAACAUAUCUGCAUCAGUUGGUUUCCCUUGGAAGUCCAACUACUGAUGCAUUUUGGCUGCAAACCUCAGGAGACAUAUUAUUACGAUACAAACCUUGUGAAUAUGCGUUUAUGCUUGGAAACAUUACAGAAGAUUAUACGUGUAAUAUGGAGCAAACCAUCUCAGUAAUUGUCAAGUGAACCAUAAGGUCUCUACUGAGGCAAGGAAAUGAGAUUCCGCUGAUACAAUGGUACAAAUUGCUUACAGCAAUCAUUCUUGAAUGGAUAAAUUACAAAUGAAU